CACAUCUUUACAUGCUGAUCAUCUAACUUUAAUGGCUGCAUCUCUACCGACUGGAGCACAAAUCCGAGCAACUCAGCGUCCGCUUCAAAGCUGCACUUCUUGUCGGAAGCGGAGAGUCAAAUGCAACAAAGAGAGUCCCUGUCAAGAAUGUCUCGGCCGUGGAUUUCAUUGCGGUGAAGGUCAAAGGUCAAAUUUUGACUAGCAAUUAAGUGUCCCAAACCCCUUUGCGAUAUCGAGACUUUAGUUAACAUGGUUGAUAGCGCUACAAUCUCGUCGUCAUUAUCGUACGGUGAGCUACUCAAAGAGAAUCAGCAGCUGCGAUUGCGGUUGAACUCUCAAACAAGAAAGCUUCCUCAAAAUCCACUAAAACGUGUCGAGGUGGGUAAUGUUACAGGGAGCUUUGAGAAAGAUCUUUUCGAUGCUGUCAAGCAUUCUGCUCGAGUCUCCACUGUGACUGGGGAGAGCAUGUCAUCUAUCCAAGUGUCGAUUGUGCUGCAAGACUUCUGUCAUACGGCAAGAUAUGGGUGUCUUGGAUCCAUUUUGCGCUCCACCAUUCUGCCUCGAGUCGGAGUGCGAGUUUUUCUGGCAAAGAGGUCAUCCACCCGAGACUACCGAUGGGAGCAAAUCACUCUGGCUUGCUAUAUAUUUCAGCUAUCUGAGCCUCUCUUCUAUUUAUAUCAAGGUGAUUUCCUUCGCAAUAUGGACUUGAAAAGUGUCCAAGCAAUUCAUACUUGGUAUUAUGUUCAACAAUGUGGAAGAUGCGACGUUCCGUACGUCUUUAUGGGACUGUGGAAUCAGAAUCGCAAGAGGCCUGGGCUUAGAUUCUGAUAGUCAAAAUAUGGGAGAGACUGUCGUUGAUCGCGAGGUGCAAAGGCAACUUUGGUGGACAUUCGUCCUGUGCGAGGGCUUCCUAUUCUAGUGAGGGCUCCAUAUGUCUA